AUGACACCACGGCACAACAACGUGAACCACGUCUACCAUGGAGACAUCCAGUGGGACGAAUCUCUCCGACCGCCACCAGCUCCGCGGCUCUUUUCCCGUUCAUCCUACGCAUCCUACGCGUCCAAGGCCUCCAAGCGAUCCUUCUACUCGUACACUUCGUCCUGCUUCGAAGCCGACGACGAGCGAUCCGACACUCUCUCGUUUGCCGACUGGAUCACCACCACCAUGUCCGGCAGGAUGAGUCCUGCCAACGCUGGCGACAACAGCGAUUCCUACCCAUACGGCGACGACACUGACGGCGACAGCAGCAGCGGCCUGCCUCCCCCACGAUACCCCGGUGACGACACUCGCCCCACCAGCCAAAAGGAACUCGCGGGAUGGUAUGCCUAUGCCUUUGCUGCUGAGGUCUAUGUUAUUUGCGGUUCCUUCAUCCCAAUUCUCCUCGAAAGUCUAGCUCGCGAAAAUGGCGUCCUCCUCUCCGACCGAUCGAAACCCUGCGGUUCCAGCUCCGAUAAGCAUACCACCUCUGCCGAAGGACAAUGUGUCGUCUACGUACUUGGCAUGGAAAUCAACACGGCCAGCUUCGCCAUGUACACGUUCAGCGUCAGCGUCCUGCUGCAAGCCUUGUUGGUCGUCAGCAUAAGUUGCGCCGCGGACCAUGGCAACUUUCGAAAGAAGCUGCUACUUGCCUUCGCAUGGAUUGGAAGCGCGUGUGUGAUGGCCUACAUCUUCAUUAGCAAGAGCACUUAUCUCAUUGGUGCUCUGCUGGCCAUCAUUUCGAAUACCUCGUUUGGUGCCUCCUUUGUGCUGCUGAACUCGUUCUUGCCGCUUUUGGUCAGGCAUCACCCGGAGAUCGAUCAGGUUGGGGACUAUGGCUCGCCAGGGUAUGCGACUACCGAAGAGGGCGAUGAUGAGGACGAUGAGUACCAGGAGGAUAGCACGCGCAACUCGACGACUGCCUUGCUCGGAAGCCGAAGAUACGAUGAAGGCGAACCGCUUUCCCGAGUCCAGACGACUGAGGAGUUGACGUCUCGCGAACUGGAACUGUCCACGCAGAUCUCAGCCAAGGGCAUUGGCAUCGGUUACAUUGCCGGCUUGUUCCUGCAGUGCGUGGCCAUCGCCAUUCUGAUCACACUGAAGAACACUACCUGGUCACAGCGGAUCGUGCUUUGCGUUAUCGGUGCAUGGUGGGCCAUCUUCACCAUUCCAGCCGCCAUGUGGUUACGACCACGUCCGGGACCUCCCCUACCCACCAAAUCCAACACCGGAGGCGUCCGCGCCUUGUUCCACUACACCAUCUACGCCUGGAAGUCCCUGUUCCGCACCAUCCAUCUCGCCCGGCGCCUCGUGGACAUUGUUCUAUUUCUAGCUGGCUGGUUCUUGCUUUCGGAUGCCAUUGCUACGACCUCGUCGACCGCCAUUCUCUUUGCCAAAACCCAACUCCACAUGGAACCCUGGGCUCUGGGUAUGAUCAACGUCAUCUCUACUGCCUCGGGCAUCCUCGGUGCCUUCUCGUGGUCCUUCAUCUCCCGAAAAUUCCGCCUCAAAGCCCAUCAAACCAUCUUGGCAUGCAUCGCCCUCUUUGAGCUCAUCCCUCUCUACGGGCUUAUGGGCUAUCUCCCCUUUGUCCAAGCAUGGGGCGUCGGUGGCUUGCAGCAGCCAUGGGAGAUGUACCCCCUCGCCGCCAUCUACGGGUUCGUCCUCGGCGGCUUGUCAGGCUAUUGCCGCUCUUUGUACGGAGAACUCAUCCCGCCCGGAUCCGAGGCCGCUUUUUAUGCUCUUUAUGCUAUCACCGAUAAAGGGUCGAGCGUGUUUGGACCGGCGAUUGUGGGGGCGAUUAUCGAUGCGAGCGGGGAGAUCAGGCCGGCGUUUUGGUUCUUGGCGGCGAUUGUGGGUACGCCGGCGCUGUUUAUUUGGUUCAUCAAUGUGGAGAGGGGAAGGACGGAGGGAGAGGCGUUGGCAGAGAUCAUUGAGGGGUUUAAGCUGAGCGGACAGAAUGGGCUCCACGGAAAUGGGGCGGAUGGAUUGGCGGAGGACAGGAGGGGGAGUGAUGCUAGUAGGGCGAUUUUGGGGAGGUAUGAUGAUGAGGAUGAGGAGUGA